AUGCUUUACAAAUCAGUUAUUUCUUUGGUACUCGCAACCAGUUCUUUAGUUUGGGCAGAUAAUGAUACCAAAACCAAAACUGCAAAAUUAAAAGACACCACGACCUCAAUCAAUCCAUGUUCGCAAAGAACUACACUUCGUGAAGCAACUGCCAUUCAACAACUAAUUGCGUGUGAGACUUUGGCUGGCGAAAUCAUCAUUACUGGCAAUGAAGUUGUUGCUCUUGACUUGUCCCAAGUUGAAGAGAUUACCGGAGAUGUCAGCAUUCGCAACUCGCCUUCAAUAAUUUCUUUAAACUUGAACCGUUUGGAAACCAUUAGCGGUUCCUUGGUGUUGAACAACAACACUCAAUUAACCUCAAUCGAUUUAACUUCAUUAACCGAUGCAGAUAAUUUGCAAUUUAUUUCAUUACCGGCAUUCUCAACAUUAAACUUGAACCAAGGCGUUAGAACCGCUGGCAGAGUCGUCUUGUCUGAUACUGCAUUGGAAAACUUGAAUGGCUUGGCUGCAUUUGAUACUAUUGACUAUAUGAAUAUCAACAAUAACAAGAAUAUGAUCAAUGUUGCAUUUUCCAAUUUGGAAACUGUUAAGGACUCCUUGAUUAUUAGUUUCAACAAUGAUGAUGCAAUUGUUAAUUUAGACUCUUUGAAAUGGGCAUCCAACUUGACGGUACAGGAUGUUGCUGAGCUUUCUGCACAAAACUUGACUGCUGUUAAUGGUUCUUUGCAGAUUAGUUAUAAUGGCUUUGAAUCAGUCAAUUUGACAAAAUUGACCAAUGUGGGCUCAUCAUUGCAAAUAUUUGCCAAUGACGCAUUAAUCAGCUUGGAUUUGCACCGUUUAGAGGAAAUUGGCGGUGAAUUGAGCAUGUUCAACAAUACUGAGUUGGAAGAUGCACAAGAUUCAUUUGAGAGUUUGGAAAGAGUUAGGGGUGCAGUUAGUAUCUCUGGUAAUUUGGUGAAUUUCUCAAUGCCAAGUUUGAACAGGGUCAAUGGUGAUUUCGAAUUGCGCUCAACUUCUGAGGAUCUUGAUUGUUCUGAGUUUGACGAGUUGCAUGAUGAAGGAAAUAUCGAGGGCCACAAUUAUGUUUGCUCACAUGCAGAACAACUGGAGACGUCAACAGCUCAAGCAACAUCUGAUGCCACUACUGGCAGUUCAGAUACUUCCCCAGACAAAGAAAGCGCAGGAGAAAGAUUGUUUGUUCCCACAAUCUUUGCUGCGGGUAUUGUAGCAGGUUUUUUCUUUGCAAUCAUGUAA